CUGAGAACCUGAGGAAAUCAACUAUCAACCUUGUUCCAGUGGCCAGUGGCAAUGGUUUCACUUCCCAACGUUUUAUUCCGUCAUUUCUUCCAGAGUCUCUUUCUCCAACGAGUAGUUUAUUGAGAUCAGUACCCACAAGAAAAAAAUAAUUAAAGAUUGUACAUUCGCAGCAUAGCAGGGAUCUUGAAAGAGAAACUUCCAACCGAGGGUGACGAGGCAGGGAUACCGACAGACACACACAAAUGAAUCCAGUUCGAAGAUUGACGCUUGAAGGUCUGAGGAAAGUCGUCAAGCAGCGAGUCGAUAGUAAUGGAUUUGAGAAUUUGUUCAAAGAG